AAUAAGUUAAAAAAAUAUGCCGGCUAAAAAGAAGAAGAGCGGCAAGAAGGGAAAGAAGGGCAAGAAGUCGGGGAAGGCCAAGACCCCGACUGUCAUUGAUGGGAUCUCUAUGGAGGAAAUGUCCAAGGAGCAGUUGGAGGAGCACAUUCUGCGUCUGCGCGAGGAGUUGGAGCGUGAACGAGAGGAGCGGAACUACUUCCAGCUGGAGCGUGACAAGGUGAACACAUUCUGGGAGAUCACGAAGCGCCAGCUUGAGGAGAAGAAGGCUGAGCUGCGUAACAAGGACCGAGAGAUGGAGGACGCCGAGGAGAGACAUCAGAUUGAGAUCAAGGUCUACAAACAGAAAGUCAAGCACUUGUUAUAUGAGCAUCAGAACAACAUUUCUGAGUUGAAAGCGGAAGGCGUUGCAUCGAUCAAACUCGCCCAGGACGAGCACAGGGGAGAGGAAAUGGACUUGAGGAAAGACAAGCGAGCGCUGAAAGUUACUCUUAAAGAACAGGAGCUCUCCAAUGAAGAUAUUAUCAAGAAUCUUAAGAGGAAACAUGAUGAGGAAAUCACAGAGUUGAGGGCAGAUUUCGAGAGACAAGCACGUGAAAUAGAGGCUAAAUAUGAGAAGAAAAUGCGAACACUUAGGGACGAGCUGGAUCUUCGAAGGAAAACGGAAAUUCACGAGAUUGAAGAGCGGAAGAACGGCCAGAUUAACACUCUUAUGAAGAAUCACGAAAAGGCUUUCAGUGACAUUAAGAACUAUUAUAACGAUAUCACUUUGAACAAUCUGGCUUUAAUCAAUACACUGAAGGAGCAAGUAGAAGAAAUGAAGAAGAAAGAAGAGCGUAUGGAGAAGCAGAUGGCGGAGAUCACGGCAAAGAACAAGCUUCUGACAGAGCCGCUACAGAAGGCUCAGGAGGAGGUUGAAGAGCUGAAAAAGGAGCUGUCUAACUAUGAGAAGGACAAGGAGACACUCAGGAUGACGAAAGCAAGAUUAAAGAUCUCAGAGGAUGAUAACAGAUCACUGAAAUGGGAACAUGAAGUAUUGGAACAAAGGUUUGAAAAGACACAAGAGGAGCGUGACGAGCUGUACAGGAAGUUCGUGAAAGCCGUGCACGAGGUGCAACAGAAGAGCAACUUCAAGAACCUGCUCCUGGAGAAGAAACUGGGCGCGCUGGCCGACACCCUAGAGAAGAAGGAGGCUCAGCUCAACGAGGUCCUCUCAGCCUCGAACCUUGACCCCACGGCACUCACAGUGGUCACGCGUAAACUCGAGGAUGUACUUGACUCAAAGAACAGCGCUAUCAAAGAUCUACAAUAUGAGCUGGCACGUGUAUGCAAGGCCCACAACGACUUGCUGAGGACAUAUGAGGCUAAGCUAAACCAAUUUGGAAUACCUACAGAAGAGCUUGGGUUCAAGCCCCUAGAGAGCACGGUCGGGGGACAGUCCCUAGGUCAGGGACCUGCGGGUCUCGUGUCUGCCCCCUCAUGAUCACCUUCACCUUGACCUUGGAACUUUCUAUUGUCAGUGUUUUAAAUGAAGACUUAUGGAAACCAAAAAGAUCAUUUUCUAUCUUUAGAUAAUAAUUUCUUGAAAUAUUAUCUUUUUUUAAAUAUAUUUCAUGAAAAUUGUUGAAGGACAUAUUUUUCUGAAAACAAAAUAGAUACAAAUCAACUGUUAUUUUUUGUUUUGAAUUUAUGAUUCUUUUAUGUAAAUCAAAAGUGAAAAAUAAUGAAAAUAAAAUCAUGUAUGUUACAAUUGAUAAAAAUUCAAAUAAAUGUUCUUUUAUAUAUUUAUUGAAAUGCUGUUGAAAGGUUCUUUCACUCCUUAUUUAUUUUAAUUAUUAUUCAAUGGAAUAGUACAAUGUGUAAAUUAAUAAAUUAUUAACUGUGAUAUAAUAUUUUUCAUUUCUUUGCAAGUGUGAAUAUUCAUAAUGAACAGACUCUUAAUGUGUGUAAUGCAUACAUAAGCUAUACAUUAAAUAUUACUGUUGGAAUCUGCUUUAAAUAAAUUUAAAGAAACACCA